AAUUUUCUAUUUCUAAAUUUUCCAGACUAAAAAUGGGAGAUGAGCUGGUCCCCAUGUUUAUGAAGAUAGGGUUGACGGAGCAGAAGGCGAAGGAGACCGCUAAGAACAAGAACCUCUCUAAGGUCCUAAGCAGUGUGGUGAAUGAUGCCUCCAAGGAGAGCAAAGACCUGACUAGUUAUGGAACCCUGCUCUACCAUGUCGCUUCUAAAAUUAAACCUCAGGUGUUCCACUUUACCCCUCUUCUAGUCAAGUAUAUCUGUUCCGGGAAAAUCGACAGUGAGCUCCGGCUCAAUGCCGCCAUAGAUUUCCUGGCUAAAUGUCCUCCAGGAAAAUCUAUUGAGAGUUUAGAUAUUUCCAGUUUCGAGGAUUCUUGUGGAGUUGGUGUAGUGGUGACUCCAGCUCAGAUUGAAGAGGCUGUUGAAGCAGAACUCGCCAAGGUAAAGGAGGAGUUAUUGGAGAAGAGAUAUAGAUUCAACUCUGGUAUUCUAAUGGGAAACGUGAGAAACAAGCUGAAAUGGGCGGACGGAAAAGCAAUCAAGAGCGAGACAGAUAUGCAGAUACUGGAUAUCCUUGGACCCAAGACUGAUGAAGAUCUGGCCCCAGUAAAGAAACAGAAAGCUCCAGCUGUUAAAGAAGAUAAGAAGACGACUAAAAAAGAAGAGAAGGAAGAUGAAGAAACUGAAGGAGCUGCAACUAUUGCUGAACUCAUGAAGAACAAGGUUCACUUCCAUGCUACCGGAAUGAACCAUACUACGGACGGAUACCAAGUUACUCCGGACACUGACCGACUUCUCCGUGAGCAUCUGGAGAGAACUGGCGGUCAGGUUAGAACUAGGUUUCCUCCAGAACCCAACGGUAUUCUUCACAUUGGUCACGCUAAAGCAAUUAAUAUUAACUUCGGUUAUGCUAAAGCUUACGACGGAAUAACCUUUCUCCGGUAUGAUGAUACAAACCCGGAGAAAGAAGAGGAGAAGUUCUUCACUGGAAUCCUUGAUAUGGUAACUUGGCUUGGAUACAAACCUUAUCAGAUUACUCAUUCCUCAGAUUAUUUUGACAAACUGUACAACAUGGCGGUUCAUUUGAUAAAAAAAGAUCUGGCUUAUGUGUGUCAUCAGAAACUGGAAGAUAUUCGAGGCUUUAACCCUCCUCCGUCUCCAUAUAGAACCCGUCCUAUCCAAGAAUCUCUCUCUCUCUUCAAGGAUAUGAAGAACGGAAAAUUUGACGAAGGCGAGGCGACACUGAGGAUGAAGAUAACCCUGGAGGAGGGUAAACAGGACCCAGUUGCGUACAGAAUUAAAUAUGUCGCUCAUCAUCGAACUGGAGACACUUGGUGUAUCUAUCCUACCUACGACUAUACUCACUGUCUCUGUGACAGUAUAGAAGAUAUAACACACUCCCUAUGUACAAAAGAGUUCCAGGCCCGCCGGUCUUCCUACUACUGGCUCUGUAACGCUGUUGAUAUCUACUGCCCUGUACAGUGGGAGUACGGUAGACUUAGCGUCAACUACACUGUUGUCAGCAAACGAAAGAUCAGUAAGUUGAUUGAGACUGGUGUAGUAUCAGACUGGGAUGAUCCAAGAUUGUUUACUUUAACCGCUCUCCGGCGCCGUGGAUUCCCCGCCGAAGCGAUCAAUAACUUCUGUGCCAAGAUGGGUGUGACCGGGGCUUUGACGGCGGUAGACCCAGCAAUGUUGGACGCCGCGGUCAGAGAUCAUCUCAACGUUUCAGCUCCGAGAACCAUGGUUGUUCUUGAACCUCUCCGGGUUACUAUUCUCAACCUGGAUAAAGACGAAGAAAUAGAAAUACCCAACUUCCCGAACGACCCGGAGAAAGGUGUUCAUAAGGUUAAAUUCUCUUCUAAAAAUAUCUUUAUUGAGAGUUCUGACUUUAAGAAAACUGAUGAGAAAGGAUUCCGACGCUUAUCUCCUGGACAAUCUGUAGGUUUAAGAUACUCCGGGUAUGUGAUAACAUUGGUAGAAGCGGUGGAAACCAAUGGACAGGUUACCGAGUUGAAGGUUAAUGCAGUACCUGUUGGAGAUGCAGAGAAGCCCAAAGCUUUUAUUCAUUGGGUCAGCUCACCCAUAGAUAUUGAGGUUCGAGUUUACGACCGGUUGUUUAAACACAAGAAUCCCGAGGAUUCUGCGGAGGUUCCUGGAGGAUUUCUCUCCGAUGUUAAAUCUAAUACACUUGAAAUCAAGAACGCAAAGGCUGAUAGAUAUCUAAGUGACGUCAAGGUGUACGACAGGUUUCAGUUCGAGCGGAAUGGAUUCUAUACUGUAGACCGGGAUACAACCAAGAGCAAGAUUGUUUUUAACCUCACGGUCGGGCUUAAGGAGGACGCCGGGAAGUAGAUCUCCUUCCUUCACUACUUCAAGAUGAAGAACCUGAUCUUUAAAUUUUUAAAACUCUUGAAAUCUUUAAUGAUACAAGAACUGGUGCUCAAGCCUCACUUAGAUUAAAAGAAAUUUUUUCUUUUAAAAUCUUUUUCUGCUUUUUUACAUUUUUUCCGCUGCUAUAGAUAAAUGAAUUGAGCCGUUGUCACAAACUGCAAUCCCUAUAUCUUUGCAGCCUGAUGGUGUAAACCUAUGAUAUUUCAAAUUUAAACUGCUUGAUCUAACAGAAGUCAUAGUUUUAAAUAUCUUAGGUAUACAAAAUUGGGUCGUAAAGAUAAAGAGAUUUAAAAAUCAGAGUUUGUGACAACGGCUUAAUUCCUAAAGUUGAUUUAUCCCUUUCUCUAUUUCAUCUCAUCUCCCAGUCCACGAACGUGAAUCUUGUUAACCAAGUUUUGGAUGAAAUGAUCAUGUAUCAAUAUAAAUAUAAUCUAAAGGAUU